CAGGUGGCAGUGAUGCAACACUCAAGGAUGCAAGCUGCCGUUCAACGUAACAGAAGAAGAAGACGACGACGAUGUCAGAAACAGGACGUAGCGUCUAAUCUGAGAACCUGCAGGCUGCUGAACAUGAAUAAACCUGUUUAGCUUCUGACACGACUUUAAUAACAGAGUGUCUAUCUGUCCCACAUAUCUGCUGGGACCACGGACGGCUGGAUUUGAAUUGGGUUCAUCCCGUUAACUGAAAUUUCUCCCUUCAUCCACUCAUCAUGUUGGACUACUACCAGGUUUUAGGAGUACGGAGAGAUUCGUCCGCAGAUGAAAUCAAGAAAGCUUACAGAAAGCUGGCCUUGAGGUGGCACCCUGACAAAAACCCAGAGAACAAGGAGGAGGCGGAGAAGAAGUUCAAGGAGCUGUCCGAGGCGUAUGAAGUCCUGUCAGACGCGAACAAGAGGAGCACAUAUGAUCGCUAUGGCAAAGAGGGGCUGACGGGGAGCAAUGGAGGAAGGGGAGGCCAUUUCCACAACGGAGAUCAUUUCCAUGAACCAUUCACAUUCCGCAACCCAGACGACGUCUUCAGGGAAUUCUUCGGAGGCAGAGACCCAUUUGCAGACUUUUUUGGUACAGACCCAUUUAGUGAUGACCCAUUUUUCGGCAAUGGGCGGCGGCACCAAAGUCGAGCACAUCGCAGCCGGGCAGGCGGUCCGUUUUUCGGGGGCUUUGUCGGUUUUCCUCCCUUUGGCGCUGGCUUCUCACCGUUUGACCCGGGCUUCGGUUCUUUUGGCUCUAUGAGCCCCAUGGGUCACAUGGGUCACAUGGGUCAAAUGGGUCACAUGACAACCAUGGGCAGUCUGGGAGGUGGAGGCUUCACCUCUUUUUCCUCCACCUCCUUUGGGGGAGGAGGAGGAGGAGGAGGUGGUGGAGGAGGAGGCGGCAUGGGCAACUUCCGCUCUGUGUCCACCUCCACCAAGAUCAUCAACGGCAGGAAGAUCACCACUAAAAGAAUCGUGGAGAACGGGCAGGAGCGGGUGGAGGUGGAGGAGGACGGGCAGCUGCGGUCUUUAACCGUUAACGGUAAGGAGCAGCUGCUGCGACUGGAACACAAGUAAAGACUGAAGCUUCCUCUGCUGGAGAAGUGUUACCUCGGCACAAACAGACCAACAAACUUAAGCUCGAUACAGACGGAGAGAGAGAGAAAAAGGAA